AUGGGUCUAAUGACAUUUGGACCGGACGUCGAAUGGGGCGCCAAAACAACUUCGCUUGAAGAGUUUGGCAUGUUUCUGGAUCAUUUGCAGGCCGCUGGCUAUAACGAAGGCGACACCGCACGCACAUACCAGAGGGGUGCACAAGAAGCCUUCACAGCUGCCGUCGGUUACAAAAAGCGAGGUCUGACUGUUGCAACCAAAGUUUACCCGGACUCGCCCGGAAAACAUGAACCAAAGGUUCUACGCGAGAAUGUUGAGGAAUCGCUGAAGCAACUCCAGACAGACUACGUCGACAUCUUCUACUUGCAUGCGCCGGAUAGAAGUGUCCCUUUUGAGAAGACACUCGAAGCGAUUAACGAGCUGUACAACGAAGGCAAGUUCAAGCAGUUUGGGCUGAGCAACUACGCCGCAUUCGAAGUUGCGGAAAUCGUUAUAACGUGUCGUGACAAGGGAUGGGUCCGACCGACCAUCUAUCAAGGCUGCUACAAUGCCAUCAGCGGUCUGUUUACUGGAAAAUAUAAAGCAGGUAAAACCAAUGCGCCGGGGCAACUCACGUUGGUAGACAAGGUCUACCGCACACGAUAUAUACGAGAUGGCAAUUUUGAUGCGCUCAGCAUCAUCGAGCCCGUAGUCACCGCUCAUGGCCUUACGCUCAUUGAAGUAGCAAUGCGGUGGCUCAUCCAUCACAGCGAUCUCAAAAUGCGAACCGAGGGUGGCAACGACGGUCUCAUAAUCGGAGCCAGUAGCCUUGCACAACUGGAUAACAACUUGGCGCAGCUUGACAAAGGACCAUUGCCCAAGGAGGUCAUUGACGCGCUGGACGACGGCUGGCUGGCUGCAAAGGCUACAACCCAGGAGUACUGGCACAUGGAUCUGAAGUAUACAUACGAUACCCAAGCAGCACUGUUUGGAAAGGAGCAUCAAGUGGCCGGAAGAGCACGCAUUUGA